CUUGUGGGCGCGUGCGCUUGUGGGCGCGUGCGCAGGCGCCGGGGACGUUAGCUGGAGCCGUCAUGGCCGCCGCCUGCGGGAGGCUCCUGGAGCAGGCGGGCGUGAGGGCCCUCGCUAGGGCGUCCGCCGCCCGGCCCGCUGCGCGCUGCCGGUGCUUCUCUUCCUCUGGACUUCUGAGGGCUAACAAUGGAGAACCUACAAAAUUUCAGCCACCUCCAAAGCCAGUUGUUGUUGACAAACAUAAAGAGGUAGCAGAGAGAAGGUUCUUGAGUCCUGAAUUUAUUCCCCCCAGAGGGAGAACAAAUCCUCUUAAAUUCUAUAUUGAAAGAACUGACAUGAUACGGAGGCGAAAAGUGCUCAACAUUCCAGAGUUCUAUGUUGGAAGCAUCCUUUCUGUUACCACAGCAGAUCCAUAUGCCAGUGACAAAACCAGCCGUUUUGUCGGAAUUUGCAUUCAAAGAGGAGGAAAAGGACUUGGUGCUACCUUUGUGCUUCGGAAUAUUGUAGAAGGGCAGGGUGUUGAGUUUUGCUAUGAACUGUACAAUCCUCGAAUCCGGGAGAUCAAGGUUUUGAAGUUGGAGAAGAGACUAGAUGACAACCUGAUGUAUUUACGGGAUGCUCUUCCUGAAUAUAGUACUUUUGAUGUUAACAUGAAACCUGUGCCCCAUUCAGCUAAUGAUGAAAUUCCUGUAAACCAGCUGAAGGUCAAAAUGAAACCUAGGCCCUGGACAAAACGCUGGGAACGACCAAAAUUUAACAUUCAAGGAAUCCACUUUGAACUACCUAAAGAAAUGAUGGAAGAAGCACAAAAAUGGAGCAUGCCCUGGAUACAGUUUGAUAUGCUCCGAGAAUACAAUACUUCAAAAUUAGAGAAGGAAAUAUGGAAAGAAGUGAAUGAAGAGCUAAAAAAAUGAUACUGCUUUUAUACAGUAAUUACUGAGGAGGGAGGCCACCUGAAUUUUUUAAUAUAUAAUUCAAUUGUGUAAGACUUGUGUAUAUAGUCAGAAUGUACAAUAAAGUUAAUCUUUCAAAAAAAGUA